AAAAUAAAGAUAAAAAAAAGGGAUCGUAUAAUUAUUUAAUUAAUAAAAAUAAAUAGAAAAAUUAUAAAAACGUUAAAAUUUUAAAUAUGUAUUAUAAGAAUUUGUAAAUGGUAAAUUAUUUAAUUCAAUUCAGUUCUUUCUAGUAUUAGUAUAUACUCUUUUAAUAUUUUUGUUGUUUGCAUUAAGUAGUAAUGGAAACUCUACUAAUAAUACAUAAGAUUCAACAGAUUUUAAUUCUGAUUUAGGACAAUAAAUAGAAUUGGCCUUAUUAAUAUUUUUUUAUUUAGAAUGUAUAAUUAUAUUUAAAAGAUUAUUGGAAUGCGUUUGAUGCGAUAGUUAUUAUUUUAUCUUUAGUAUUACUUAUGUCUUCUUUAUUAUAUAAAGAUGCUUAGUUUUUGAAAAUUUCAAAAAUUCUGAGAACUUUAUUUAGAUUUUUACGUAUUCUUUUCGUUUUUAGAAGAAUUAAAGAAAUAGAUUAAAAAGAAAAAGGAAUGGGAAAUAAUUCAGAUAAAACUCCGGUGGAAAGGAUUUUAUAAAUAUUUAAUUUCCUAAAAGAUUAAAUGUAAUAAGAAAAAUAUGGAAAAGAUCUCCAAUGGGCUAUUGAAAUGGUUUCUACAAAUAAAUUAUACGAGCCUAUAUUAGAAAAAGGAACAUCAACGAAUGAAAUUUAAUAGUGGAUGGAAUAGUAUAAUGAUGAUUAAAAGUUAUCAAAUAAAAAAAACAAUGAUAAUAUUGUUAAUAUAUCCUCUUAAAAUAUCGAAUAAUCAUAUAAACCUAAUUUUUAAUAUGAAAAAAUGUAAAUAAUUUAACCUUAUAUAUAAUAUUUUCAAGAAUUAGAAAGUCGUGAAUUUUCUAUAUUUGAGCUUUUCAAAGAAAACAAAGGAAAUGAACUUGCAUAUUGUUUAGUUUAUUUAUUUGAAUAAAACGAUUGUUUUUCAUAUAUGCAUUUAAAUCCUGAGUAAUUAUUUCUUUUUGGAAAUAGAAUUUCUUAAGGUUAUAAGGAUAAUCCAUAUCAUAAUAAAUUACACUCGUUAGAUGUAACAUAGACUAUGAAUUUUUUCAUAAAAAGGUGUCUUUUUAAAAAUGUUGGGGGUUUAAACCCAUUAGAAAUAGGGACGAUGUAUAUUGCGGCAGCUAUUCAUGAUUUAGAACAUCCUGGUUUUAAUAAUUUAUACUAAAUAAAUAUGAAAACGGAAUUAGCAAUAUUAUAUAAUGAUAGAAGUCCUUUAGAAAAUCAUCAUAUAAGUAAAACUUAUAGAAUUAUUAAUGGAGAAUAAGAUAUGAAUAUUUUCAUUAAUUUAAGUAAAAAUAAAUAAAAAAUAGUACGGAAUAAUAUAAUUUAAAUGAUUAUAGCUACUGACAUGUCUUAUCAUUUUUCUGAUAUGGCAAAACUAAAAGGUAGGACAUCUACAAACGACUUUAAUCCAAAAGAAAUAGAUAAAUAAUUAUGUAUGAAUACUUUGUUACAUGCAUGUGAUAUUAGUAAUCCUUUUAAACCUUUUCAUAUUUAUUAAAAUUGGGCUAAUAGAGUUUUAGAAGAAUUUUGGAUACAAGGUGAUUCUGAAAGGAGUAAUGAUUUACCUAUUUCAUAUUUAUGUGAUAGAUAUACUACUAAUAUAGCUAAAAGUUAAAUUGGGUUUAUUGAUUUUAUUGUUAAACCAUUUUAUGAGGUUAUUUGUUUAUUUUUACCUGAGGUUAUUCAUUAUUUGUCUAUUUUUGAAUAGAAUAAAGAAGAAUGGUAGAUUUAUGAAGAUUAUUAUACAAAAUAAUUAGAAAUUUUAUAAAAACAAAGAUUAGAAUAAUUAGAAAUAGAAAAAAAAAUUGACGAGAAAAAUGAAUGA